AUGGACGAAGACGAUAUGAAUGUCGACCCCGACCCCGAACUCUCACAGGCAUUCUACUCCUGGCUUCCUGGUAUGCGGGACUCUCAUCCAGACCGUGACGUUGUGAGGUGGGAACCUACCCAGCCACCGACAUUCGUCGCGCUACUGGACGACCUCAAGGUAAAUCGCACAUCACAAAGAGUGUCCGAGAAACACAAGGGGCUCGUUGACCAGACCGUUUCACCUUUAUCGUCAAAUUCGUCGGCCUCUUCGGAGCAUAGACCGGGUGCCUCUCUGAUCCGGACGCACUCGCGCCAAACGCGGCCCCGCCUAGCCACAGCAGCCGACGUGAGCACAGCCAGCACGUCGCACAUUGAGGUGGAUUCAACCGAAUGGAACAGGCUUCUGCGCAAAGCAUCCACGGACACGCUGAGGACGGCUCGCCAGCGCGUGGAGUAUAUGGAACGACAGGCUGCGAGGGUGCGUGCUCGCGAAGAGACUAGUCGGCCUGCUCGUAGUGGUUCGGCUGAUCACCGAGUCCCGGGCUCAGCGUCCAGUGUGCCAAUUGACCCCCGAGAGGCGAGCGCCAGCUCGCAUACACAUGCCAACCAGCGGGACACCAAGACCGCCAGCACCGUCUCGCAUAAACACGCCGACCGACAGGGACAUGGCAAUGGAUCGCGGCGAAAGUCAAGCAUGGACUCGCGCGGACACAGUCAUCAGCGGAGAUGGAGUCUGAGUUCCAGUGAUAGCGAUGACGAUCUCGCAGCGGCACAGCAGAACACGACGGUUGAGAUGGGCGAUCUGGACAUACUGUCAUACAUCACCCCUCCUGCCGCCUACAACGCAGAGCCGAGUGUUCAUUUCACGGCGGUUCCGCACAGCACGCCUAUCGAACGGUCACGAUCCGAGGGGUCGCCGAACUUGUCCCCUCCGCGGCGUGAAAGACCGCCCAAGUCGUCCUCGCAUAAGCGUCCGUCUCCUUUGGCCCCCAUAGUGACGACAACGUCGCUCAGUGGAGCGUCGUCCACGACCAAGUGCAUACCAGAUACCAGGCGCACCUCAGAGACCACGAACGCGAGCGCGAGCACGUCGCCGACAACCAGCGCCGCCCCGCGGUCGCGCGUGCUGGGCAUGCGCCCAAUCAGCUAUAGCGUAGCGUCAUCAACACAGUUAACGCCCUCGCAGGAGCUGCCAACGAAGCGGAAGCCGUUCAAGCCGCCUUUCGCGCGCCCUCCACCGGCGGCAAAGAAUACACCGAUCACGCCUGCGGCGACACCAUCGUUGCCGUUGCUACAGAACCCUGCAGCACCCUCACGUCCCCCACAAAAGAUACCCACACGCAGACGGUCCCCGUCUCCCCCUGCCGAGGCAGAUUCGAGCUUCGGUGACCUUGAAAUGCCCUUCACCUACGAAGAGAUCGAAAAGGCUAUGAGUGCUUACGAUUGACCCAAUGGAAUUAUCUUAAAACCC